GGGGCACCUCUGGCCGCCGCCGCCGCCGCCAUGGGCGAGUACCGCCUGCACCGUGUGCGUUUCUUCGACCUGGUGCCGUCCGCCGUCCGCGGCCUCGCCCACCACCGCGCUGCCCGCCGCCUCGGCCUAGCCCGGGCCGACGGCUCGCUGGAGUUCUUCAACUUCGCCAGCAACUUCGUGCAGGAGAAGGUAAUUCCUGGAGAUAGGAAGAGAUUAAUUGAAGCAAUCAGCUGGAUUGGUCAGGAUCGACUCGUGAGCGUGGGAUUGAGUGGAGAAAUCAUCGAGUAUGACCUGCAGAGACUCUGCCCCAAGUACAGCUUGGAUGCUUUCGGUGGUCCCCUUUGGUGCAUGGGCUGCAACUGUGAGGAAACUCACCUGGCGGUCGGGUGUGAAGAUGGUUCAGUCAAGCUGUUUGAGAUCGUUCCUGAAAAACUUCAGUUUGAGAGAAACUUAGAUCGCCAAAAAGGUCGUGUACUCUCCUUAGCGUGGCACAAAUCAGGCACAAUGAUUGUGACUGGAUCCCUGGACACUAUUCGGGUUUUGGAUGUGAAGUCUGGUCACUGUAAGCGCCAUAUUCGAGUGGAUCGUGGUGAUAUAACAUUUCGCAAUCGGAAGUGUGUGAUAUGGGCUGUCGGUUUUCUCAGUGACUUCAGUGUCGUGAGUGCGGACUCGGCGGGGAAAAUGCAGUUCUGGGAUUGGAAAACGGGAACCCUGCUCAAAACUCACCCCGUUACCAAGUGUGAUGUGCUGUCAAUGAGCGUGAAUGAGUCUGAGGACAGCAUUGCUGUUGGCACAGCCGAGGGGACAGUGGUGCAAUUCCAGCGGGUUGCAGUACAAUCAGACGUUGCUGGCGCUCAGUGGGUUCGCACAAAGACCUUUAAGCAUCACACUCACGAUGUGAGGGCUGUUGUUCAUGCCAUGUCUGCUCUUGUCUCAGGCGGUGUGGAUGCCCAACUCGUCAUUCGCCCGCUGAUGGAUCAAGUGGAAAUCAAGUCGUAUGAAACCGCUCUCCGCAAGAUCCUCUUUCCACAUCGGAACCUGGUAUGCUGCAGCCGCACGGAAAACCUGCUCCUGUUUCACUUCCCAGAGCAGCUGGAGUUAUGGCGUUUGGGGAGCUCACAAGCUGCAGGGGCUCCUGGGGAUGUGCUGCCCGUCAGCAAGAAACCAGACAAACUGUUGGAGUUAAAAUCCAAGAGUUACAGUCACAUCCGGUGCUGUGCACUGUCUCCAUGUGGGACCUGGAUUGCAUCCUCAACAAUCUACAAACUCCGUCUGUAUCGGAUACAGUACAAGAAUGAUUCCAUCAACAUUAAUACGAUCUCGCGGUUUACGAAGACUUUACCGCCGGCUCAUCGGUUGCUUUUCUCUGCCGAUUCCACAAGGCUGUUUGUUGCCUCAGACCACAGCCAAAUUCAGGUUGUGGAUCUGACGAUGUUGGGUUCCAAGAGCAUACAUUCCCUUGCACCAAAAUCUGAUUGCCUUGAGCCCGUCUGUCUCCUGGCGGUGAGUGCAGAUGGGAGCUGGCUUGCGGCUGCAAGUUACAACUGUGAAAUCAAUGUCUAUAACCUCACACAGUUCAAGCAUCACUGUACCAUUCCAGUGUACAACCACCUCUCUACUGCAAUGGCCAUCAAUCCACACUCCAACAACCUCGUCAUUGUACAUGCAGAUCAGCAGAUGUUUGAGUUCAGCAUCGUUGAGAAGAGAUACACAGAGUGGAGUCGUAAACUGCAGCAACAGGGUCUGCACACACUCUGGCUGGAGCGGGACACUCCCAUCAUACAUGUCACCUUCAACCCUGCAGUGCCCACACACAUCAUCCUUCAUGAUACAUAUAUGUUCUGUAUCAUUGACCAGUCGCUGCCCCUGCCCACUGACCGAUCGCAGCUUCAUAACCAGAGCUUCUUGAAACAUUUGUCUGCAAAUGCUCGGAAAAACCAGGAGCAUGCAUUCAAAAUCUGUAAGAAAUUCAAGCCGUUGCUCCAUGUGGAGCUGUUGUUUGAUGGCUCUCUGGUGGUGGUGGAGCGUCCUGUGAUGGACAUCAACGCACAGCUGCCCGCCCCAGUCCGACAGAAGAAAUUCGCCACAUAGUUGGCUCCUGGGUCUGAUUUGCAUUGUAUAUCUGCUUUCCUUAGUCUCAUUCAACUUGCGAAAAGUUGCAUUGGAUUUCCAAGCUUGAAAUAUUUUGUAUAAAUAAACAUUGUUAAAACUCCAACCA